UCAGCAGAUCGAUAAUAUCACUCGUCAGAAUCAGAAGUUCUUCCUGUUCGUCUAGAAACCACAAUGUUUUGAUGUUUUUGUCUAAAUGACUAAUGGUCAUAAUGUUUACCCAAAGCCGAAGGUGGAUUAUCAAAAGAUAGAUCUAGCCAACAAGUUGUACCUAGAAAUCCAGGAUACAGAAUAGCCAUGGCAACAAGGGCAUUACAGAAAAGCUUUGUGUUACCAAGCUUUGUUUGUGUCCUGCUGUAUGCUUCCAGUGUUUAUUCUACCAUACUGUCAUACAACAACAAAUACUCAAAUAAACAAUACCCAUACUUUGUGUCCGCGGAAGCGGAGAACAACGAACUACUGCACCUACUCUCAAGAAGUCAAUCAAGCCUUGAUCUGCACAGCAUUGUAAAAGAUCGUGAACGAAGGUCUCCUGAAGCAAAUUCUGACAAGCCUGAGCCUUCUCCUUUUGUGAAAAAUGUUACUUUGAAUGGGACCACAAACUCUGGAUAUGCUUAUGUACAUUGGAUCGGCCAAGAUGUUAGCCAGAAAAUCUUUGUGUUGACUUUUCGUCUGGACUCCUCAAGUGGAAAAAGCCUUGUACUUGACAGUCAAGUAUGGAGGUCCAGUGACUAUGGCUCAACAUUCACUUUACAGAAUGAUAAGUUCCAAGCAAAAACAAACAUUUCACUUUUCUACACCUUCGCGACCAAUUCAAGCAAGCUACUGUUCACAGAUGUGCAAGCCCGUGUUUUGUACACCACUGCAGAUGAGCUGGAGCAUGUUCACCACCACAGUGUGCCUGUAGACCCUGACAUUGUGUUGACACACCCCUCGGAUGAUAAGAAACUGCUCCUCUACAGUUUAAGCCAUAGACAGCUCUAUGUUUCCUUUGACUUUGCGGCUUCUUGGACAAUGCUGGCAGAGAAUGUUUCCCCCAAGUUCUACUGGGGACAUCCCGACUAUGAUACAGACGUCGAUGUGGUUCACAUGGAAGAACUUGGCUCAACACCAUCACAAGCCAUCUACAAAUCUUGCAUCGCUCCAAAAUGUACCAGGACACAAGAAGACGUACAGGGUGUAGGGCCCUUUUUGUCAGGUACCCUGCAAGUGCACAAGGAGUACAUGUUCAUUCAAAAGUCAAACUUCAUGGAAUCGGAAGACUAUUUAUUGGUUUCCUAUAAGAGAGGUCCCUUUAAGAGAGCCUACUUCCCGAGUGACUUGAAAACAGAUGACUUUAUGUUGCUGGAUGUUGAUGAUGGUCAAGUUUUUGUGGCUGUCAAUCAUGGUAAUCAGGUCAACCUGUAUCUCUCUGAAGCAACUGGCCAGUUCUACGUACUCAGCCUGGAAAAUGUCUACCAUACUUUACUGCCCAACGACUUCGACAUUGAUUUUCAUGAGGUCAGUUUUUUUUGUCUGUUGAUUAUUUAGUUUAUUAUGAGAUGAGGUGGAUCUGAUUUUUGU